CUCCGUCCCAGCACAGCAGAGAUGCUUCACGUGCCUUUUUGGACUUUUUGGACGCUGUUUUAACGCUUAAUGGACUCGGGAUCGGUUUGAUUUUUUUGCAAAAUUUGGAAAACAUGCAGAAGAAGCUGAUGGACACCCACACGCCUCUAUUGUCAUCACCGAGGGCGUCGUCUUUUUUCAUUGAGAAUCUACUGGCGUCGGGGCCACACGAGCGGGAUUCUUCUUCCGAAAGCAGCCGAUAUGGAGCUGCGGCGCGCUCGGACUCUGCCAGCCCGGUCUCGCGGCGCGGCGUCAUAAGCGCGGAGCCGCUGGUAAACUGGUACCCAAGAGCUUUGACUACCCCGUGGAGUCCAUCUGUUAACACGAGGUCCGAGGAGCACUGCUGCUCGGUGUCCACCAGUGACAGAAGUUCUCCCGCCGUCUCAGAACCGAUUACAGACGACAGCUACGAGUCGGACAGGAAAUUAGGGGACGGCAACCUGAUUGAUAUCCACGACGAAGCUCAGAGUGGCUUUGAUGCGCCCCCUGACUCGAACAGCACCAGGAAGAAGAAAACCCGAACUGUGUUCAGCCGAGGUCAAGUGUUUCAACUGGAGUCCACCUUUGACAUGAAACGAUACCUGAGCAGCUCGGAGAGGGCCGGCCUGGCCGCAUCACUCCACCUGACAGAGACCCAAGUCAAGAUCUGGUUCCAGAACCGCAGGAAUAAAUGGAAGAGACAGCUGGCGGCGGAUCUCGAGACUGUACACAUCCCCAACCCGAGCCAGAGGGUGAUAAGAGUCCCCAUUUUGUAUCAUGACGGAGCUCCUGCAAUGGCUUUUAAUUUGAACGGACAUCAGGUCUUCUCGAACUCUAUCGCGUAUCCCCUGUCCUCCCUGGCCCACUCCAUGAGCAUACUGAGGUCGCAGAUGAGCGGCUUGGUGUAAAGUACAGUAUCAAAGUAUUAUUUCGAUAUUUCUACGACAAUAAGUGAAAUAACACGCAAUGUCACUGGCAGUUGCAGAUAGCAUCCGAAGGAAUCAAUAUGACACAAAAUGAAGUCAAGCGUGUGUUUGUCUGCUACUGCCAACAUAAAAUAAUAAACUGAGUGCCGUGUACUCUGUUUGAUAAGCAACUAUU